GGAUGACGUCAAUGGUGGAAACCAAGAUGGCGCCGUGUGUGUUGUAGUGGAAGGCUCUCUUCGCCGAAGCGAUGCGGCAGGAGGCGCCUUUUAAUCUCUCUUUUAAUUUUUUUAGUCAUUGUAAACACUUCAAGAGUUUAAAUAUAUAGCUGUAGCCGUAAAUAAGUGAUUAACGUGAGAGAAAUGGACGGCGGAGGAUUUAUAAUGGAUAAUAUGGACCCGACUCUGUCGGAGCUGGGAGAUGAGUUCACUCUGGGAGACAUCGACGAGAUGCUGCAGUUUGUCAGUAAUAACUCAGAGUUUUCUGAUCUAUUUGAUGACCCCAUGCAAACUGGACCAGCACAUGCAGUACAGUCCACCAAUCCCAUCACCAUGACGACCACCACUUCUGCUCCCGCUGCAGUAGCCACACCCACCACCCGUACACCUGUACAAAGCAUUGCGAUCAAUCAGCAGAGCCGAACAACACCGUUACUACAGCCUCGACCGCAGCCCCAAACACACAUACAGGUCGCAGCCACUUCAGUUCCUCUGCAGACGCAGACUAUAGCCAGUUUUCCUGUGCAGACGCAGACGCUGCAGACACAAACUCAGACUGUGAUGAUCACUCCAACUGCACCACAGCAACGAUUCAUACAAAACCCUGUCAUCUGCCACCAGAACCCCAAUGCUGCUUUUCAGGUCCUCCAACCACAGAUGCCGAGCAUUGUGACAUCACCACAGGUUCAGCCAAUGGCAAUCCAGCAUCAGCGUCUGUUGACCCCUGCAGCUCAGACCAUUCAGACGAUCUCUGCAGCACCUGCUGCUGUUCACACUGUAGCACCUCAGGUGCAGCAGGUUCCUGUGUUGGUGCACCAGCCUCAGAUUUUGAAGACAGACUCACUGGUUUUGACGACGAUGCAAAAUCCAACUGGAAUUACAACACUUACUGCACCCAUACAAACUGCUGUUCAGUUUCCAACUCUGGUGGGCAGUAACAUCCUCACAACUGUCCCGGUGGUAAUGGGAGGUGGUGACAAGCUGCCAAUCAAACAGCUCCCUUCUAGCCCCGCCCAGUGCACCAACGUGAGCAGGCCAGUGCCGGAGCAGAGUACCCCGGUUGCCAUGGGAAUGGGCGGUGUGGUGAAAGAGGGAGAGAGGAGGACAACACACAACAUCAUAGAGAAGCGAUAUCGCUCGUCCAUCAACGACAAAAUUCUGGAGCUGCGUGACCUCGUCAUGGGCAACGACACCAAGAUGCAUAAGUCUGGUGUGUUACGGAAGGCGAUCGACUACAUCAAAUACCUGCAGCAGGUGAACCAGAAACUGAGGCAGGAGAACCUGACACUGAAGAUGGCCAGCCAGAAGCACAAGUCGGUGUGUGUGGUGGACGAGGUGUCUGUUAUGACUCCGCCCCCAUCUGACUCGGGUUCUGCCUCUCCUCAGUUCAGCAUCGACUCGGAACCCAACAGCCCACUUCUUGAGCCGCUGAAGAGUGAGCCAGCCUCACCCCCGUCAGUGGGUGUAAUGGAUCGUUCCAGAGUGCUGCUGUGUGCGCUCACUUUCCUGUGUGUGUCCCUGAACCCUCUGCCCUCGCUCCUCGGCUCUGACCCCAGCCCCUCCUGGCCUGGAGGAGAAUCCAUCAUACGCUCACGCUCACUCGUGUGGCUGCCUGCACAAACACAGAACUUUGGGGCGUGGCUGUGGUGUGUGUUGCCGUGGAUGAUGGUGUGGGUGUUGAGUGCAGUGGGUGUGGUUUGGGGAUGUGUGAGAAUUCUGUAUCUAUGGGAACCGGUCACACCCCUUCACUCACCCACAUCAGUGAUGUUUUGGAGACAUAGGAAACAAGCUGACCUACACCUGCAGAGGGGUGAUUAUAGUGCUGCAGUGGGCAGUUUAGAGACCUGUCUCUCUGUGUUGUCCAGAGCUCUGCCCUCUACCACCUUUGACCUUGCUUGUUCACUUUCCUGGAAUUUGAUUCGUUACUGCUUACAUAGACCCACCCCUCUAGGCUGGCUGGUGCGUCUGAUUGGUGGGAAGCAUGAGGGGGAGGAGUCUCAGAUCAGCUCCAGAGAUGCAGCACUGGUUUAUCACCAAUUAGGCCAGCUGCAGCUCACAGGUAAGCUGUCGGAGCGCAGUUCUAUGUGGGGUGUGUGUGUGUGUCUGAACGCAGUCAAUCUGAGUGAGAGUGCCAGAGGGAAAAUGGCUCCUACUGAGCAUGCUCAGAUCUACAUCACCACCACCAUCUCACUGCGGAAAACUGCACUGGGAAAACAAAUAACCUUCCUGCCUGGGUAUCUACUCAGCUGUGCAGAGAGUUUGUUUUCAGACUCGAAGCCUCCUGAUUGUCUGCGCUGGCUCUUCAGUCCAUUGGCCAGACAGUUUUUCCUGAGCUGUGAUUGGUCAGUGAAGGCCGAGAACUGUGAAGGAGUGUUUUCAUCUGAAAGAGAACAAGUGGACCCUAUUGCACAGCUGCAUCGGCGUUUCUGUGAGAAGCUUCUGGAGAGAGCUGUACACACUCUGAUCCAGCCUCACACUGACACUGAGGGAGUGAAGCAGAGAGAGGAGAGCGGAGAGUUCAGUGGUGUGAUGGAGUUUCUGCAGCUGUUGAACAGCUGUACUGAUGACUCCACCUCCCCAGCUUCACCUUUCCCAGCACUGGCCAAUCAGAACUCAGCUUCAGUGUCUGACCCCGUGUGUCGCUGGUGGGCAUUGGUCCUGAAGGCUGCUGUUCAUUGGCUGCAGCGUGAUGAUGUGUCUGUGAGGUCACUACUGGCGGAGGCGGAGCGAAUGCCAAGAGCACUGCAUUCUCUGGAUCACCCGUUGCCCAAGGCCGUGUUGGCGCUCUGUAAAGCGAUGCAGAUGAGUGUGUGUCCUCAGAAGGGAGAGGGAACACUGGGCUGCCUCACACACUGCAACAGAGCCAGUGCUUACCUGCACAACAGCAUCACACAAACACCUACACACACCUGGCUACACAAGGGGGCGGAGCUUUUGGUGUGUGAUCUCCUACUGACCCUAAGGACCAGCCUCUGGCAGCGUGGAGGUGGGGCUAAUGGAGAACCAAGCCCCGCCCCUUCUCCCCAGUUGGCUGGAUUUCAGAGGGACCUGAGCUCUCUGCGUAAACUGGGACAGGGUUACACACAGGUCCAGCACAAGGUGUUCCUGCAUGAGACCACUGUGAGGCUGAUGGCCGGGGCAAGUCCAACUCGCACACACCAGUUACUGGAGCACAGUCUGCGCAGAAGAACACACAGCUAUAAAGAUGGAGUGUGUGUUCCAGGGGAACGCGAGCGCGCUCAUGCCAUCAUGCUAGUGUGUCGUCACCUACCCUUGUCCCUGCACCGCACACACCUGCUGGCUCAUGCUAAACACACACUGCAGAGAGUGGGGGACAUACACACACUGCACGCUAUAGCUGCCUCAUAAACACACACACACACAGGGCUGUAUAUAAGCUGUACAUAUUAUUGUAGAGACCAAAGUCUUAUAUAAGGGUCAGUUAGAUAGGGGGGUUGUGGUGUGAGGGGUCAGUCUGUCUCUGAGAGUGAGACAGGCAGUCAGACAGACAGGUGAGUGUGUACAGGUGAGAUAGUGUUUAUUAUGAUUAUUUUAUAUACAGAUUUUAAUUCCUUUUAUUCCUUCACUCUUCUCUCUCUGUGUUUGUGUUUAAGCUAAUUAUACUGUGUUCCUUUUGUCUAUUAAAGUUGUGCUGUGUAUCUGA